UCGCUUAAUACUAAUAUACUGAUUUCCUACAGGGGGUGACAAAGUGCGAUUUUUGACAAUCCAACCCACCGAAUACACGAAGAAGAAUGUUGUAAGUUGCCAAAUAUGGUAGUAAACACCGGCCGGGCUUCGCUAGCCAGCUAGGCUACUCCGAAAGUCUCCUGGGAAAAUGUCGGGGUGUCCCCUGCCCUCUUUACCUCCCCCUCCUCCUCCGCCACCUCCUCCUGCAGCACUCCACGAUUCAAGAAGCAAAAAGAAGUUUUAUCAGACGAUAGGAUUCAGCAGGAGCCCGGUGGAAGGAGACUACACGGAGCCUCUCCUACUCAUCAGUCAGAGGGCGAGCAGUUUCAGCAGAAAUCUCCGCUGGACUCUGGUAAACAAGUACGUGCCUUCGCUUAUCCAAGAUGGCCCACAGUGCGGCCUGGUGGCCUUGUGGAUGGCUGCUCACCUGCUGGGGCCGCCUGUUGACAUGCACACCUUAUUUGGGACUGCGCUCGAGCGAGGCUUCACGGCACACGGUGAAAUGUUCUCAGUUGGAAACAUGGCGUUGCUGGCUGAGGAGGUGUGCGGCUGCAAGGCCGAGGCGCUGUCGGGUGGUUUGGUACGCGACAACGCCACCAGGAUUGUCGCACACUUGUGGAGCAGACAGCCUGUUCUCUUCCCAUACGAUGACGACUACAACCAUGAGCCUUGCGAGCGUGAAGGCCACAGGGCGCACUGGGCCGUGGCUUCAGGUGUUCUCCUGGGUACGGACCAGGGUUACGUGAGCACAGAGCCGACCCAGCCUGACUCGACUCUGCCGUGGAUUCACCUGCGCGGACACUCUGGCUUCUCCUCAUCUUUGGACAGCUCACAUAUUAGAGAGGUGUACAUCUUAGCCAAGCAGGGGAAAAGUCUGCGCUACCAGCUGUGGAGUUUGGACAGCAUUGCACGUAGCAACAAGCAGCUCAUGGAAAUGGCCCCGCAGACACGCAACAACGGGACACAUUAUGUGCUUCCCAUGGGCGGAGUUGAAGGCGGCUUAGCCGGCGAGGCUCUUUUACUGCAUAAAAGGAGACAACUUGAUGGGGAAGCAUGCACACAGUGACAGUUUGUGCUAUUACAGCACUUAAGUGAGUUGCGAAAACAGUCGAAAACAAUCCAAUUAAAAAAAAAAAAAAGUCUUA